AUGGACAAAACAACCGUCCUUCGCACCACCACUCUCCUGGGUUUAGGAUCUGCCAUCUAUCUCUCAGGCAUCAACUUCUCCGCCUCUCAUCUCACUCUCCCAAUCCUCUAUCGUCUCCCAAAGGACACUAGCACAUCUGCCUUUGCCGAACUGUAUUCUCGUGGUGCAUAUACCGUCGUCCCGCUCGCUAUCUUCUCGACACUCUGUACGGGCGCAUCCGCUUACCUUGACCCUGAGAAACGCGUAGGAUAUGCCAUCGCAGCAGGGUUGACUUUUGCCACGUUGCCUUGGACUCAAUUCGCGAUGAUGGAGACGAAUAAAAAUCUGAUCAAGAUCUCUGAGGAGACGACAGUGAGCGAAAAAAAGAGUGACGGCGAGGUCGAGAGGAUGCUAAGGCAGUGGAAGUGGAUGAAUAUGGUGAGAGCGGCUUUGGCUGCUGUAGGGGCCGUGCUUGGGUUUGUUGUGGCUGUGGAGCGAGUGUAA